CCGGCAUUCACUAACAGCGCGCUAAGUGCUCCCGCAUUGAGCCUCAAAUUCCCAUUUUCCCCAGUCUGCUCUUGCUUCCUCGUCCACGGAUGAAAGACAACCAUCAACACCCCAAAUGCGGCAGUGCUGAAAAAAUAAAGGUCAACGCCUCACUAGUCGCCUGUAUUCAAGCGUUGCAUUAGCGAUCAGGCUCCCACCACUUGGGCACCGAGGGUCUCCACCCGCUCCCACCCAUCUGCCGACCGACCUUCGACCUCCCUUCCCACUCCAUACCGCAAUCGAGCUGCUCGCGCUUGCUUGCCGAGCCCGACAUACCGGAUCGCCCACCAUGGAAAAGCAUGCCCGAACCCGCCGCCAGCCGACGUCGCGGCCCAAGCCCAUGCCGCCGGGAGAGGAGGACGUGAGCACGGACGUGAUCCUGGGCGAGUUCCAGGACGUGGACACGCUGACGCUGUCCGAGGCGUCGCUCGUCAUCAACGCCCUGGUCGCCAAGCGGCGCAACGACCGCAAGGGCUUCCAGGAGACCGAGAUCCUCGCCCAGACCGUCGACUACCUCGACGCAUUCGCGCGCUUCAAGCAGAAGGAGAACGUCGAGGCCGUCGAGCGCCUGCUCAGUUCGCACAAGAACCUGAACAAGUUCGAGCGGGCGCAGAUCGGUUCGCUCUGCUGCGACAGCGCUGAGGAGGCCAAGACCCUGAUCCCGUCCAUCGCGAACAAGAUCGACGAUGAUGUCCUUCAAGACCUGCUCGACCAGAUGGCCAAGCUGCAAGGGUGAGCGCAUUAGGUAUAAGUGGGCUGGCUUGUGACUGUGCUUGAGACGACCUCUAGUCCGGGUUCUGCAGCGUGGGCGGGGGCACAUCGUGGACAGAGAAGACCCGGAAGAGCCCGGAGAACCAUGGGGGCACUCGCAGGUAGGAUGCGAACGCUGUCAGACUCACUACAGCAAAGCAGGGCGGCCUAAGGCAGAAAGCCCGUGGGGCGCGGGCGAUGCAUGCGACAAAGGUACUAAAAAGAGGGCCACGAAUACGGUAAGGAGGGAAAAGAGCAAGCAGCUAGACUGAACGACAGCGAGCUCGGCCUGGGUUUGAAGCAUUAGCCGGCGUCAUAGGUGAGGGAGGAUCAAAUCAUUUACGGCUGUGUUUCUCCUUGAAUUUCUCUUGUCAUGUUCUAUACCCCCGAGACGAGGUGGGAACGGGAAAGACCAAAAUGGACCCUCGAUCGAUGAGCAUCACAAACAAGAAUCCAUCGCGAUAUUCAAACUUCACAAAUGUGCUGAUUUCAGUUCGCAGUGACUUCUGGAAUUUGUCAGUGUGCCCUCUCCUUGUCUGUAGAAAUUCCUCCAACUUUUAUGCAGUCUCAUCUUGGUUAUGGAACAGUGAUUUAUCCCUUUCAGACUGUCGUUUACCCAGUUCACUCUUUUGCGACUGACGUCUGGGGACUCUCUCAUGCUUGCGCGAUACUCGUCAAAUGUUCGAUAAACGUGGGUAUCGUUAUUUUUGGAGCUCAAUGGCCCGAUUAGGUUGGUAUUUUGGUUGCCCCGGCUCUUACCACGAGGAGCAUUAUAGCGACCAUUUUGGGCCUCGCCCCUUUCCUCCUUCCAACCACACGCCCUUUGUGAACACCUUACUCCAGGAAAUGCUUAAACCCCAGUCUACCAGUCACUACCAUGUGUGUACAACGGCGCGCUCACAGGACUUCUCUCCCACCACCCACCAGUCACACAGCCUUCACCCACCCUGAUUGCUAUUCGAGCCAGGCCGUGAGCCAUCCCGACUCCGAGGCGGCGCAGACAGGCCGUAGAACGCCGCCGGGUCCCCCCUAAACAAUGCCCACGAGGCGUCCAUCUCCGCCGUUGUCCGCCUCUGGGGCACGUCGAAGAUCGAGUCCACGGGCGACGACGACCUGCUCAUCGGCCGCUGUGCCCUGCCCUGGGCCCUAACUGCCGCCGGCGCGGGUUCCCUGGGGGCGUCGCUCCUGCGCCUCCACACCGUCGGGGCUGGCGCCGCCUCAUCGGUGUCCGUCGGGGCCGGCGCGGCCGUCACGAUGGGGAUAUGUCGAGGGCUGGGCCUGCUGUCGCGCACGGCCUGCUGAUCUGACAGGCCCGCCUCGGCGAAUGACUGCCGCCACGGCCGGGCGGACGUCGGCGCUGGUGGGACUGGCUUGUCUGUGUUGGGCGAGGUCAUGAUGGGGGAGUUGAAUGGCUGUUUCUGUGGCAGGUAGAACGCGGUGGCUCUGUGGCCCAUCCUCGGGAGGAUUGGAUCCUCGUCGCACGGGUCCCUCGUCUGCCGGCGGCGCCAGAGCAGGUGGAUCACUAGUACCAGCAUGAGGGCGAGGACGGUGAAGCCGACAGUGAGGCCUACUAUGAGGCCGACUGGGUUGAAUUGUUUUGGAGAGGAGGAGUUCGAGGCGACUGAGGAGGAGCUUGGUGACGAGGAUGGAGGCAGUGAGAAGAUGGUUGAGACAGUUGCGGUCGUUGUCGUUGUUGGAGAGGACAGAUGCGUUGUGGGGAUGACAACCGUGACAACCCGAGAAGUCGAGAGGUUCGUGAAAGAUGGGGUGUUCGUGGGAAAUGAUUGUGUUGUUGGCUCUGCAGUUGCUAUGGGCACACUGGAUGACGUCGAAGAUGCUGGCGUAUUUUCGAGAGGGCAGGCAUUUGGCAGCCCACAAGGAUCGGUGGAGCAGCAGCCUAUGAAGUUGCUCGCCGCGCAAGCAUAGAAUCGAUAGCCAAUUGGACACUCCACGCCCAAGGCUGAUGAACUGCGAACAAGCAUGGACAAACCCAUUGUCGAGUGUGCUACUGGGUGGCGGCGAGGUGGAGGUUCUUGGCGACAACGACGGGAGCACGCGUGAUCGUGGAAGGGUCUUAUAAGUGAAGCCCCUCAGUAGCUCCCACGGCGGAGAGCUUGGAGCUUGGGAGGGCAGUGCAACAGAGGUUCCAGAGGAGGUCCACGAUGACAUGCAAUCAGCCAUGAAGAAUCGCGACUUAGUCCCAAAAAAGGAGUGACGAAAC